AUGGUGCUGCCACUAGCGGCCUAUCAAAGUUGUUUCGUCGAUCCACCCGGUCUGCUGGUGCUCUUUACUAUAAUGACAAGUUUGAACCAGGAGAAUCAAUUCGAGAAAGUGCUCAUCGCAAAUCGUGGCGAAAUCGCUUGUCGAGUGAUAACUACUUGCCAACGAUUGGGCAUCAAAACAGUUGCUGUUUACAGUGCGGCUGACGCUGAAUCCCUCUUUGUACACAUGGCUGACGAGGCCAUUUUUAUUGGUUCGCCACCCUCUGCUCACUCCUACCUCAACGUAGAUGCUAUUUUGGACGCUGUCAAGACGACCGGCGCCGAGGCUGUCCACCCUGGGUACGGUUUUCUCUCAGAAAGCUACAUCUUUGCCAAAAAAGUCACCGAUUUGGGCGUUGUUUUUGUGGGUCCUGAUCCCGAGGCUAUUCGUUUAAUGGGAAACAAAGUAGAGAGCAAAAUUAUCGCGGCUAAGGUUGGCGUUAAUUGCAUUCCUGGCUCCGACAAAGAAGUGAGGGAUCCUGCGGAAGCCUUAGAGGUAGCUGAAGUCCUCGGCUAUCCAGUCAUUGUGAAGGCGCUGGCAGGAGGUGGUGGUAAAGGAAUGCGGAUAGCACGAGAUGACGCGGAGCUCUUUGAAGCUUUGCGCCUUUCAAGGGAGGAAGCACGAGCCAGUUUCGGUGAUGAUCGAAUCCUCCUCGAACGCUAUCUUGUCGCCUCGAGGCACAUUGAAGUCCAGGUGCUCUGCGACAAGCAUGGAAACGCGCUACAUCUGCAUGAACGCGACUGCUCCAUCCAACGGCGCAACCAGAAGGUGGUGGAAGAGGCACCUAGCUCCCUUUUCACUUCUUCUGCUAACCUGCGCAGUCGUAUCUGUGAUCAGGCUAUCGCUCUGGCGCGUGCUGUCGGUUACGACUCUACUGGCACCGUGGAAUUCCUUUUCGAUGAUAGAAGUCAAGAUUUCUACUUCCUGGAGAUGAAUACACGCCUCCAGGUGGAGCAUCCUGUCACUGAGUGCAUCACUGGUGUGGAUAUUGUCCACCAGAUGCUACGAGUGGCUAAAGGACAUCGGCUGCUUUAUCGUCAGGAGGAUAUUUCCACACGCGGUUGGGCUAUGGAGUGCCGCGUCUGUGCAGAGGAUCCACAGAAGGCCUUUGGUCUGCCCUCAGUUGGUCAACUGACCUCAUACCGCGAGCCGAGUCACAUACGUGGUGUACGAUGUGAUUCUGGUGUGGUAGAGGGCUCCGAAAUCUCCGUAUUCUAUGACGCGCUCAUUUGUAAGCUCGUCGCUUACGGCGGCAAUCGAAAAGCAGUGCUGAGUAUAAUGACGAAGGCGUUGGAUAGCUUUAUUAUUCGUGGUGUGACUACUAAUAUUCCUCUGUUGAGAGAUAUUAUAAGUGAGACCGGUUUUGUGUCUGGAGAGUUCGCAACCGAUCAUCUUGCGCGGAUCUAUCCAGAGGGAUUCAGGGGUGCACAACUUCACGAGACAGAAGUCUACCAACUGAUUGCCCUCGCUUCGGUAAUCAAUGUCAAAAAUGUCCUUCGGAAUCAAGCCAACGUGAGCGAAGUCGUCAAUGCACCCUUCCGUCUGGUCGUAAGCGUUGUCGAUGGCACAAUCGUAGUCAAAGCCCAGGUCAUUCAAAAAGAUGACUUUUUCGAGGUCAGGUUAGAACCCCUUUCAUCUAAGAAGUCAUUGGUGAGAGUGAUACGGGUGAUGAACAACUUCAAUCUAGCAGAUGGUAUCGUUGAGCAGAAUUUCAAUGAACAGGAGACAAGAAUAUUCCAGCUGCGAGAACGCAAUCAUGUUGGCGAUGUGUGUUUGCAGUAUCGGGGAAGCAUCUUCUGGCUUCGAAUCCGCUCAGAAAAGGCGGCAGCUCUGGAGUCAGCCUUCAUUGCAGCACAUAAGAGGGAGAACAAGCCGACAAUGCCCAUUUCUGCCCUUCGAGCUCCACUGCCCGGUCUUAUAACGUCGAUUUCUGUGGAUGCUGGACAAGUGGUGGAGGCGGGUCAGGAGUUGUGCAUCCUGGAGGCCAUGAAGAUGCGCAACUGCCUGAAUGCUACCCACUGCGGCAUCGUGAAAGCGGUGAAUGUGAGGCAGGGUCAAACUGUUGCGGAAGGGGAGGUCAUUUUGGAACUGGAGUAG